ACCUAUAAAAUGUUAGUGUUGUGUUUUUAUAUUGAGUCGUUUUUGACAAAACACAUUUGUGGUAUUUUUGCUGAGCCUCUUUGCGUUUUCUAACAAAACGACACAAUGAAGUUUUUUCAAAGUAUUUUUUUUAAGGAUUCGGAGGCAACACACGGUGUUGUCGUGGAGUGUAAUUUUAAACUCGGGAAUUUUAGAAUAAUACAUUUUUUUUUAACCAUAAGUUGGUUCCAGUUGGUAUCUCUAUAUACUUUUUGUAACAGACGCCUGUCUUUUUAGGGGGCAGGGGUAUUUGUUAGCCAGACAUCCUUUCUAACGCAAUCCUCUGCAUUUAUCCGGGCUUGAAACCGGUCUACAGUGUGCACUGGUUUGUGCUUCCAUAGGGCUGCAUUUCUCCCUGGAAAAAUGCAUAACAGAUCUGCUUCUGCCUUCCACUGAUGGCCACUGAACAGGGUGGAAUUGUGGACAAGGAGACAGACCAAAGGGAGAAAACAUCCCCCUCAAAAAAGGAUUCUGCAACUGUAUUAAGGAACCCUCUUGAUUUUCUGAAACUCACACCUUCUCAGUUUGGUAUUACUGUCCAAAGCUUCAACCCAGCACCAUCAGAGCGCAAAGAAAAGUCUCAUUUGGCACAACUAAAGGCAAGAAGAAGGUCUAGUGUCGGUGUGAGGGGCUCACCCCAAACAAACUCACUCAUCCGCUUCAUUGCACAACAAAAAAUGAAGAAUUCAUCAAAUUGUCAACCUCCAGAGGUUAUCAGAGGUAGCCCCUUCGCUCCUCGGGUAUCAUCCACCCUGAAGCAGAAAAUGGCUUCUUUCCACAGCCUGAUGGAAGUGGAAGAGAGUAAGGUCUGUGAUCUUACGCCAAGGCAGGGUGAUGACACGGGAGGAUGCAUCAAGACAAGAGCUUAUCUGUCUGAUGUAUUUAAUCAGGAAGAAGGCAAAGAGAACCACCCUCCAAUGUUGUCACCUGCACCGAGCAAGAAGCGUCGUAUGGCUCCUCUCGAAGGCUGUGAAGGAAAGAUUAGGGAAGCACACACUCACACUCCAGACCUUCGUUUAAACGGGAGGGAGGAGGGAGAUAUGGAUCAAGCGGCAGAGUACAAUCACACUGUCAACAAAGGGCUGCUCCGGUCAAGUGAGAAUGAAGACGAAAUCCAACCUGUGCUUCUUUCUACACCUCUCCAUGGUUGCUGUGAACCACCCAUAUCUGUGGAACAUCAUAUCUUUUCAUCCAGAAGCAACCAGCAGGACAAUUUGUAUGAAACUCAAAGCCCCACUGAAGAACAGGACAGUGACCUAAGAUCAGCUUCAUCUGAGGAGUCUUUCUCUGCAUUCCAGUUGUCACUGCGCCCCUCUGAACUGGAGAUAAACGCAGCAGAAAAUGAUUCCUCUCGAGGACCUGCAACAAAGAAGAUAAUGAAGCGGGUGCAUUUUGGAGGUCCUCUUUCUCCUGAGUUCUUUGAUAAACACCUGCCUCCCAGCACCCCAUUGCAGAAGGGGGGAACACCAGCUGAAGUCCCCACACAAGGUUCAACAAAGCUGCAUUCUGUGUUGAAAACACCACAGAAGAAUGAAAUUUGCACCCCGCAAGCCCAGUCAGACUUUAGCGGUCUGUUUGGCGCUUCCCCGGCACUUGCGGCAUUUCACAAACACAGGAGGCUGCCAAUGGAAGAGGAUGGAGUGGAGGAGUUAGGAAAGAUCAUUUUUCCAUCAAUAGAAGAAAGUGAUUCUACAUCUACGAUUGAUACAGAAUUGAUGAAUUCUGCCCAGCUGAAUUUAAAUAAUGCUUUCAAUGAAGAGCAUCUUUCUCAGGUCGAAACAACAGUGAAGUCUGAGACAAGUCCAGCCUACCAGUUGAAUGCCCUGAAUGAGCAACAAUCUGAAUCAGAAGAGAAACAACCUGAAGCUGUCAGUAAUGCUACAGCUAGAUUGAAGAACUGGGAAAAAAAGGCAGUGGCCAAAUCUGAAUUUGCUAAUGGAUUUCCAGAUGCUCGUAGCCGGAAGAGAAAGCUACCUGAGGAGAGCAAACCCGUGAGGAGGUCAGCACGCUCUGCUGCCAAGGUUUCUGAAACGAUUAAAUUGACCUCUACAGCAUCAAAUCGAUGGAAAAAGGAGGUGAACCACUCACUUUAUGGAUAUCGGGAAUACGCAUCCAAGAAUCCUAGCCUUAGUCCGAUAACUGAGCUCUUUAUGGACCAUUCUGCAACAGCGCAACAAACUCCGCCUACCAGCAACAAAGAUGAAUCAACUAGCAGUGGCCCUUGGACUGCAGUUUCUUUUGGUGACAAUCCAUCAGGAGCUCCAGUGCCCACUGGCAAAAGAGCUACAAAGAAGAAAAGGAACGCACUAAGAUCCAAAAUCAUGAGGGGAUUUAAGAAAGUCAGUGUUUCAGUAAAUGGCCUAUGUGUGGAGCCUCAGCGGCACACCUCCGAGAAGACAAGUGAGAACGACGAAGAGAUCACUACAAUCAUUGCUGCAUCAGUGGAAACCCCAACAGAACGCUCAAUAUUAGAACAAGUGUCAGCUGGUGGUGAAGAACAUUGCACCCAAACAAUUGCUCUCUUAUCCAGCAUACACACACAUGCCAAUUCAGAAUGUCAUCUGAUUGUUGAUGCCCCCGCACCAGCCUGCCUGUUCAAAGAGCCACAAAGCAGCACAGUGACCUCAACAGCAGCAGCCCCCAGAGCAACCCAGCAGGCUCGCAUCAUGUCAAGAAGCAGGAGGGGCUCUGUGAACCUGGCAGAGGAAAAACAUACACAGGAAGUUGAGACACAGCAGAAAAAACUCAGCAGUUCAAAGUCUGAAAGUCCCAAAGAAGAAGCACAAGACAACAGUGGGUUGGCUUCCUGGCAGACUCGCUUGAAUAUUGAGGAUGUCUUCAAAAGUGUUCCCGGUAAGGGGCAGCGUUCAGUGCGCCGUAGCCUGAGGAACCAAAGCAACACAGAUAAUCAAACAGGUUUGGCCUGGAUACUUCGGCUCUCCUCCUAAAUCAACCACUGAAGACCUGGAAUCAUGGAUUCUGUUCUACUGUUCUGCCAAUCUACACUGUUUGAGGACACUUCACCCAUCACAUGGUGACAUGGUAGUAGAAUAUCGGUCAUGAUUUUUUUUUUUGUUUGUUUUUUGUCUUUGUUAAACUUGUUUUGUGGUAUGAAAGUGCUGAUGCUUUUAUCCUUAACCAGUUAUUAGCAGCGUCUCUCUCUGCACGCCACUCAAUAAACAGAGAGCCCAAUCAUU